AUGGGCAAUGUCAGCAGCAGGCCCGACGACGAGGCGUCGCUCUACCUCCGGGACCAGAACCGCUUGAGCAUCACUUCCAUUGUUGUCACGAACCCGCGAAAGCGCACUUCGAUUCACAUCACUCCCAAUGCCUUUCCAGCGACCAGAGUGACCGCUAUGCGACCUCCUGGCGACCAUAACCCGAUAGAAUAUGUCCAGGACCCGGAAUCAAAUAUUAAUGGACCGCCCAACUUCCUACUUAAGCUGAGCGGUGACGAUGAGCUCAUAUUUACCUUUGCAUUCGUCAUUCGCCAGACGCAACAACCCGCGUCCUCAAACUUGCCAAUCCCAAUCUCCGAUGGCCUUAUGACGAAGGAUACCAACAUAUCUGGCCUGACCUUUGUCUAUGCCUCUUCCUCAAAGGAAGUCGCGAAUCUGGUCACUCGUGAAUUUCACGCCGAUCCCAACUUGCACAAAAAUGAAAAUGUAGCUCUUGUUGGGGAUUAUUCGACUGGCGGGGCCGCCGCUGUUUCUUUCGAGUGGACAUGGAAAUGGAAGGCUCCCAAAAACUAUGAGGACAGGGGCGGUGGCUGGAGGAACUGCUGCAGUUUUGUCGAGUAUGAUUCGCGUGCUCACCAACUGCACACUUUAGCUACCUUUUCCUAUUGGGUUUCAAGUUCAUCUACAACACCAACUCAUCCGAGCUCACCGUCAGCGCCCUUUUCUUUGUCCGCCCCUCCCAAGAUCCGAAUUGCUUCAGCUCAGUCAGUAGACUCUCGAUUAGCCGCCGCGGAGAUUGACGAGCAGCCCCUCUCUCCUAUGUUUGCCCCUGGAGAGGCCAACGUACCUCCUUUCCCACAGGCUAAGGAGCCUGUAAAGGUUGACGUACAAUGCGUUCCCAGGCCAGCCGAAGAUGUUGUGGCUGAAGACGGCCCCGUUUUCCGCGCCACAUUGAAAGCUCUGGAGCAGAAGACGGGCAACAUGCGCGCGCAGAUGAAGAAAGUGCUAAAGAAGGCCGAACAAGUCUAUGCAACGCAAACUGAGGCCAAUGAUGCCUUCGUUGCCUUUAUAGAAGCGCUGCGCGAGGCGUCGGCUACUAAUGCAAAUGCUGUUCAGCCUGCAUUGGAGCAUUACUUCGACAAGAUUGCUCGAGAAAUCCUGGCCUAUGAACGUCAAAAUACUUUGAAUCUACAAAGAAUCAUUAUUGACCCUAUUACAAAAUUAUAUCAGCUUGACAUUAAGCAAGCCGAGUCCAAAAAGCGAGAUUUCGAGGAAGAGAGCAAAGAUUACUACGCCUAUGUUUCACGUUAUCUUGGUCAGCGUCAAGACUCGGUAAAGGCUAAGAAGCUUGCUGAAAGCGACUCCAAGUAUCAAAAUAAGCGGCGAAACUUUGAACUCAAGCGCUUCGACUAUUCGAGUUUCAUGCAGGACCUUCAUGGUGGCCGCAAAGAUCAAGAGGUGCUGUCGCAUCUAACGAAAUUUGCUGAUUCGCAGACGAAUGGAUUUAUGACUGCCGCCAAGAAAAUUGAAAAUCUCCGCCCACAGCUUGUAGCCUUGACAAACGAAGUUUCAGAAGCCGACAAAGAGUAUUCAUAUCAGCGAAGAGAGCGCGAGGAAAAGCGCCGCCAGCUUGAAAAAAGCAACAAGCCAUACAAUGAGCCAGAGCAGGGAAGUCUCAGCAGUGCCGCCACGAUAGUAGCAAGCUCAAAUGGCAAUCCGGCCCAUAUUUCUGACACCGAAUUGGGAAGGGCAGAAAUCCUGGGCUCUCAGCUCAAGCCGUCAACAUCAGGCGGUGCUGUGCAGUCGUCCGCGGCAGCCAGCAUGCCUGCCGAUCUCUCAAGGUCGCCAGGCAGCCUCGGACACGCCUCGGCUAUCGGCAGCCCCAGUCAAAGUUCCAAAUUCAAGGGUAUUCGUGACCUCGAAGAGCAGAAUACUCUACAGACAAACCUAUCACAGAGAAAGGAAGGACUCCUCUGGUCGCUGAGCCGGCCAGGGGGUCAUGUUGACCCUCGCAAUCUAAAUAAACAAGGAUGGCACAAGUUUUGGAUCGUCUUGGAUCAGGGUAAGCUGUCUGAAUACAGCAAUUGGAAGCAAAAGUUGGAUCUUCACAUGGAGCCAAUUGACCUCCGCAUGGCUUCGGUUCGUGAAGCCAGAAAUGCUGAGAGGCGGUUCUGCUUUGAGGUCAUUACUCCCAACUUUAAGCGUGUGUAUCAGGCAACUUCCGAGGAAGAUAUGAACAGCUGGAUCUUGUCUAUCAACAAUGCUUUGCAGGGCGCAGUGGAGGGCCGUGCCUACCGAGAUCGACAGGCGACGUCAAGAGGAUCCGAUCACUCCAUCAGCAGGGACAUCGGCUCGGUUCUCACUGGCAAAAUCCAAUCAAUUCACGGCUCGCACAAUUCGCAUCACUCUAACGCAAAUAGCGGAGUGCCAUUCCGGAGAACCACAGUCGGGGCUCGACCUACUCCAGUACGGACGCCCAGCUCGGGCUAUGACGAGCACCCUGACAGGCUAUUACAAAUGCUUAGGGAUAAUGACCAAGGAAAUUGCUGGUGCGCUGAUUGUGGCUCAGGAGCCAAGGUUGAAUGGGUAUCAAUCAACCUGGGCAUUAUUCUUUGCAUCGAAUGCAGCGGUAUCCACCGCUCCUUGGGGACGCACAUCAGCAAGAUACGCUCCCUCACUCUGGACAUCAAGUCCUUUACGGUCGAUAUUGUCGAAAUGCUCCUACUUGUCGGAAACCGAGUAUCAAACAUGAUCUGGGAAGCCAAACUGGACCACUCUCAAAAGCUGGCGCCACAAGCAACCCGUGAGCAGCGCCUCAGAUACAUUACCGCGAAAUACGUCGAUCGCAUAUUCGUUGAUCCGAUUUCACCAACCCUUUCACGGUACGCUACAGCGGACGACACCUUGCUGGCUGCGAUUAAAAAGAAUGAGAUCCAGCAAGUGCUCUACGCUUUGGCACUAAAGGCAAACCCUAAUACUGUGGAUAAAAUGAGAGGAACUCAUGCCGUUUGGCUAGCACUCGCAGCUGCUGACCCAGCUUCACCAUCUUCAGCAGCCGGACAGCCGUCAACAGAUUCUGAUACCAAGCCGGUACCUUUUCCAGUAGCAGAGCUCCUCGUUCAAAACGGCGCGGAAAUCCCAACGUCGCUCCCCGCAUUCCCGCUUGGGCGAUACGCGCAGCAGUAUAUUGAACAGAAGAAGGGCAGGGCUUACACUGUUGGUGGCGAUUCGGUACCAUCGCUACCCACCACCAGCAGCUCGACCGAAAGGCUGCUACGGGAUAAAGAGGUUCGGCUCCAGAAGCGAGUGAGCGCAGGAGGGAGGCUGGCAAAGUCGCCUAUCCCGGAAAAAUAG